GGAAUCGGUAUUGAGUUGCAAAGAUUUCGGUAACACGCAGAUUAUUUUGGUUGAAACAAAUGACCAGAGAUUAAGUGAUGGCUCACCCAACGAACAUUGGCCGAGUGGCUCGCUGUCUGCAUCAGUUUAAAAUACUGAACAGGUGUAGUUCUCUCCCAUCUGUACUCAACAGACAAGACCUUCAGUUUACAACUGAGACGCUAUCAUCAUCUACAAGACAGUUGGCAUCGUCGCCAUCACGAUCAGCAUCACCAUCCUGCGCAAGAAAGUUUACAUCAUCCUCAUCGUCAUCGUCAACUCCACCGCCCAGCAAAAAAAUACUCAACAUAUCGACGCUGUUGUUACAAGAUGGCCUUGACAUUCGCGAACUACCUCUGAUUGUUCGCUGCGCUGACGGUACGAUGUUCCCGUUUACAAAUCACAUCACAGCCGAAGAGAAGCCUAGACAGGUAACGGAAGAAGAUGAGACGUUCAAAGUGUUACUUCAGCAGUGUAGCUCUGUUAAAGACAUUUUUCGACUUCUCGAAAUUCCCACUGAUAAAGUCACAGGGCAUUCAGCUUCUUAUGCCCUGUUACGAAUGUGUCAGCUGAAGAAUGCGAACAGAGACUGGGAUGAUCUUGAUUCAUUUAUUCGGACAGCUGUCAUGAACGAAUUGUAUGAUACCGUUCGGAAAGAAAUUUCGAUGCUGACAAAUGAAACGAUUACCUCUCUGGUGAAAUGUUUUCUGCGUUCUCCGCAAUUCAGCCAGGAGUGCAGAGUGGACGUUCACGAGGAAAUAGAGCGAAGGAUUGGCGACGUGCAGUUUUCCAUUUCAGAGUUGUGUGCCCUUAGUGAGAAGCUUCAGAGGUCGUCGGAAAAUAACGAAGACCUAAUAGAUCAUAUCUGGGUUCAUAUUGGAACCAGGUACCAGGAGAUAGAUGAGACCAACAUUGCAGCAGUUUGCAGAAUUCUUCCGCGCACGCACAAAUACAUUACGAAAAUGCUCGACAAGCAGUGUCAGAAAUUCUGGUGGAAACUGAACAGUAAAGACAUUGCGACGACCAUUACUUCGAUGGUUCGUCUUAAUGCGAUGCAUGGAAGCAUGUUCAAAUGUUUCGCUAAAUGGACAUAUUUGAAUAUUCAUAAUACCUCCGAAACAGAUUUGAUGCAGAUAAUAACGUGCUUCAUACAGUUCAACUUCUUUGAUGAGAUAUUUACCCGUGCUUUAGAGAGAUACAUCCCAGCCAGAGGCUUGAAGGUGGACACCAAUCUCCUUGCACUGACGCUGGAAUACAUUCGUGGGAGACGAUAUCUCUCGCCGAGAAUCCUCGACACAGCAGUUUCACAUUUCACAGAACACGGAUCCGACUACAACGCUUUGCAACUGUACACAGUUCUCAGAACAUUCGGUCAUCUCAAUUACCUGCCCAAGAAUUCGACAUCGUUUCUGGUGAAAGUUGAAGAUGUGCUGGAUAAAGAAUUUGAAAACUUGGACAUUUCACACUGUGUUGAAAUCCUCUGUUCAUUCGCUUUUCUUGGGAAGAUUCCAACGAACUUCGUCAGUAAAGUCCUGACGCCGUCGUUCUUGACAAGACUGAAGAGUACGUCUAACAGCAACACAUACUACCAGUCGUGUCUGUGGUUGGAGAUGUUCCAAUCGGCCGUAAUGCUGGAGGCACGUGGUAGUCGGAUCCCGUUCAUCUUCAAGUUCUACGACAGUAAUCCACACAGAAACCUAGAUAGAGUUAUCCACAAAUCAAAACUCGUAGACGCACUCUACGGCUUGCUUGGAGAAGAAAAUGUGAAACGGUUGACGUUCGCAAAGAAUACUGUGCAUCCUAUUGAUUUUGAAUUCCACGUCGACUCAAAUGGGAAUGUGAUUCCAUAUUCCCAGAUGCCUGAAAAUCUCACACGAAUUGCGUUGCUGAUCCGAAGACCAGAAGAUUACUGUAUUAACAGCGGGCAUCUCUUGGGAGAGCAUUCCAUGCGGAAUCGACACCUCAAAAUCCUUGGAUACAAAAUUAUUGAGUUGACGUACUUGGACAUCUGUCAGCUGAGGAACAGUAAAGAAGCUGUGGACUAUCUAAAGAAAGAGCUAGCUCCGUAUUUAAAACUGCCGCAGGAAUGACAAGCUGACCUUUCAUAACUCGGGGUGUCAAACUACUG